UCAGUCAGUGCGUGGCAGUCUCUCUUCCCUUCUUCGAUUCCGGUGCCUGCUGCUGCUGCUGCUGCGGUGAAUCAGAUUCCUGCAUCAUCCUGGAGCUCUAGCCGGUGAUUAAGAACCAGAUUAAGCUUGAGUUAAAAACGGACCAACUCCUGCCCAACAAUGCCGACCGUCGGAGUGAAGCGCGACCUGCUGUUCAAAGCUUUGGGGAAAACUUACACCGACGAUGAGUUCCAGAAGCUGUGCUGCGAGUUUGAUCUUGAGUUGGACGAGGUCACGAUGGAGAAACAGAUAAUCACAAAAGAGCAGGGCGCGGUGGAUGCGGCCAAGGAUGCUUCGGAGGAUGUGAUUUACCGGAUCGAUAUUCCUGCCAACCGGUACGAUCUGCUGUGUCUGGAGGGGCUUGUUCAGGGGUUGCAGGUGUUUCUGGGGAAGAUGAAGUUCCCGGAGUUUAAAACGGUUGCACCGGCGAAGGGGGAUCUGCAGAAACUGGUUAUAACGGAGGCUACCAAGCAGAUUCGUCCGUUUGCUGUGGCGGCCGUGUUGCGCGAUGUGACCUUUACGAAGGAUUCGUACGCGAGUUUCAUCGAUCUGCAGGACAAGUUGCACCAGAACAUUUGCCGGAAGCGUGCGUUGGUGGCUAUUGGGACGCACGAACUGGACACGCUGAUGGGACCGUUUACUUACGAUGCCAAGGCGCCGAAGGACAUUAAAUUUGUUCCGUUGAACCAGGACAAGGCGAUGACGGCGGAGGAGUUGAUGGAGUUUUACUCGACGCACGCCCAGCUAAAGGCUUAUUUGCCGAUCAUUCGUGACUCGCCGGUGUAUCCGGUAAUUUACGACGCAAACGGAGUUGUUCUUUCGCUGCCGCCGAUCAUCAACGGGGACCACUCGAAGAUCAAGCUGGAGACGCGGAACGUGUUCAUCGAGUGCACGGCGACGGAUCUGACGAAGGCCAAAAUCGUGCUGGACACGAUCGUUUGCAUGUUUUCGGCGCAUUGCGCCAAUCCGUUCACCGUGGAACCGUGCGACGUGGUCAACCCGGGCAGCACCACCCCGGUCCAGUACCCGGAACUAGCCUUCCGGAAGGAAACCAUUUCUGCGGCCAAGGCCAAUGCCUACAUCGGCAUCGACGAAAGCGCCGACGCGCUGGCCAAAAUGCUGAACCGCCUUCUUCCAACCACGCAAAACGCCUCCAACCCGGACCAGCUGGAAGUACUCAUCCCGCCCACCCGGCACGAUAUGCUGCACGUGUGUGACAUCUACGAGGACGUGGCAAUCGCGUACGGCUACAACCGCAUCCCGAAGACCCUCCCGGCCACGAUGCACAUCGCCCGGCAAUACCCGCUAAACAAACUGACCGAGCAACUCCGCGAGCAAAUUGCCCAAGCCGGAUUCACCGAAGGCCUCACCUUCACGCUGUGCUCGCGGGACGACAUCGCCGUCAAGCUGAACCAGGACAUUGAAAAAAUCCCAGCCGUUCACAUCGCCAACCCGAAAACCCUCGAGUUCCAAGUCGUGCGUACCACGCUCAUCCCCGGACUGCUCAAAACCCUGGCCGCAAACCGCAAAAUGCCCCUUCCGCUUAAGCUGUUUGAAGUGUCCGACGUGGUCCUCGCGGACUCCAAGGCCGAGGUCGGGGCCAAGAACGAGCGUCGCGUUUGCGCCGUCAACUGCAACAAAACGGCUGGCUUCGAGGUCGUCCACGGGCUGCUGGAUCGCGUCAUGCAGCUGCUGGAGGUGCCCUGGGACAAGGAGCAGGGUUACUUCCUGCGGGCGGUGGACGAUCCGUCCUACUUCCCGGGACGGUGCGCCGCCAUCGUGUACAAGGGCACCGACAUUGGCCGCAUCGGCGUGCUGCAUCCGACGGUGCUGACCGCGUUCGAGCUGACCACGCCCUGCUCGGUCGUCGAGUUCAACAUGGAGUAUUUCGUUUGAAGUGCAUUUUUUUAGCGACGACUGCGGCAGUAAUAUGCUUUAGUAAUUUAUUCGCAGUUGGUUUCGAAAGUUGAGCAAAUAAAUGCGCUGAAAAUAACAAUA